GUCCUUCCUUUGCAGUAGCAGCAGCAGGAGAUCAAACAACCAUCAAGAUAUGUCAUUGGAGAAGAGAGGGAAUCAUCAGGCAGGUCCGUCCGAGGUCGAGACAACUCGUCGUGUCACCAGCUCGGUCAGCAGUGAGCCAAGUACCACUGGUAGCGGCAACAAUGGUGUUACACCUGUCGAAGUGUCACCGCCAACUACUCGUCCGUGGGGCACCAAGAGUCAGAGAAGAGAAUGUGCUAGGAUGGCAGAGAUCUACAAACGCUAUGAAGCUGGCACGAAGAGUGUUGUUGAGUGGGACAGACCCCCAGUUGGCACCUACAACUGUUUGAUAUCUCCACGUGGACCUACACUGAUCGCUGCCGGGAAAAGCGGUCGUUUCAGGAUGGUCAUCUGCGAGGCCCCCACUGGGGACAAUGCUCAUUCCCUUGCAUUAUACCUCAAGAGACGCUUCGGCGUUACAGAGCUUGUCCGGGUUUCAAGUGAUAACGAUGCUCGCUAUCCUCGAGAGGCUUUCGAGGACCUCAGUAUUGGCGUUCAUGACCUGCCCUUUGCUGAUGGAUCUGCUCCACCCGACGAUGUAGUGGAGGCCUUUCUUGAGAUUCUUGACUCAUCUUUAUAUCGCAAGAGGAAUAAGGAGGACAACUGCUCUCCGCCGUGUGUAGCCAUACACUGCAUUUCCGGGCUUGGGAGGUCCCCGGCUAUGGUCGCAUUGGGGCUCAUCGAAAGGGAGAAGAUGGAACCUUCCGAAGCCAUUUUCCUGGUCCGUAAGCUGCGUAACGCUAGAUGCUUCACGAAGGAACAAUCUGCCUACUUGCUCAACUACGUCCCGAUGCAUAAGAAGAGGAAUCAGCUUCUGGCUUGUCUGUGCUCCCUGUUCACUAGGAGACCAGUGAAGGGGUUGAGUGCCGAGGCAAGCCCUGGCAUCAAUCUGACCAGAGCGGAUACCUCCGCAUUGAUCAGCCAAUAGAUCU